CAUAGUAGCGAUGCACUGUGGGAUUUCUGUGUAUUGACAUAGCAACCGGGCCAAGGAGUCGCCGCCGCCAAGUAUUUUUGUCCGGAUUAGUUUUUGCUUCAAUUUCGUUGCUGGAAGUACGCUUUCCACCGCUGCCAUGAACGCGGCGGUGGCGAAAAAGACUCAGGACACGCUGGGAAAAGUGAUAAAGAAACCCCCGCUGACGGAAAAACUGCUGAGCAGGCCGCCGUUUCGGUACCUUCACGACAUCUUCAGCGAGGUUAUCAGGACCACUGGUUUUAUGAAAGGCCUGUAUGAAGAAAAUGAGAUGAAGUCAGAUAGUGUCAAGGAUAAGGACUCUAAAAUGGCCUAUCUUCAGAAAGCAGUAGAUGUUGUGAUGUUGGUGUCUGGUGAACCUCUGGCAGCAAAACCGGCACGAAUCGUUGCUGGUCAUGAGCCAGAGAAAACCAACGAGUUGCUUCAGGCCAUCGCAAAGUGCUGCCUCAAUAAGUUAUCCAGUGAUGAAGCAGUGAGGCGAGUUCUUGCAGGAGAAAAAGUGGACUUAAAGAGCAAAGGGAGCACCUCCAGGUCUCAGGGCAAGGAAAACAGGGAUGGAAGGGAACGGCAGCCGGAUAAGGAAGAAAAGAAAAAGAUAGAGCGGAGUGGCAGCCGGGAGCAUAAGGACUCGAACCAGGGCAAAGAGCAAGAAAGCCGGCAGAGAGACAAAGAGGACCACCGUGACCAUGAGCGCACAGAGAGGCAUCACCGCAGUGAGAAGGACCACCAAGACGAGAGCCGAGAGCAAGAACGAGAGCGAGACAAAGGACGGGUCAGAGACAAGGAGAAAGACAGGGACAGAGAUCGAGACAGAGACAAGCAAAAGACCAGGGAGAGGGAUUCUCACAGAGAUAGAGGCCAAGACAAACGAAGAGACAAAGACAGAGAGAAGGAAGGAGAUCGAAGCAAGGACUGCAAUGAAAAAAACACAAGUGGGGAAAGAGAAAAUGACAAGGCCAGAGCGCCAGAGAAACCUCCGCAGAAAGCAGCCAAAACUGUGCCAGCAGAUCCAAAACCAGUUGAAGAGCCCACAGAUGUAGCAGAAAACCAGUCAAAUAGUCCAGCUAGGAUACCCCGGCCCUCGUCUGCCAAAGGCCAGAGGCAGAAACCCAAAGUUGGAACCAAUGCAGAUGAGUCUGACAGUGAAGGAGACGGAGACGUCCAGUUAGCCCAGAAAGCCGUCCCUCAGGAGAACGGAGACUCUGAAGGAUCCUCUGUGCCAGACAAGGCUGCUAGGCAAGUGGCUCGGCCAAGCAGCGCCCGCCCAGCACCUCCUCGAGUCAGGAGACAAGAGAGCAACGCUGAGGUGACCCCAGCUGAGAGGCUGUCGAGUGCCAAGCCCACAGCUCCCAUUAUACUGGACGGGAAGAGAACGUCAGACGAUGAGGAGGACGAAGACGAACAGUUCCUGGUGAUGGAGGCCGUCACCCCACAUCCAGAUUCUCCUAAAACAGAGAGAGAAGCUGCACAUGAACUCGACGCUGAUGAAAAACACGGUGGACUCGUGAAAAAGAUCCUUGAAACAAAGAAGGACUACGAGCUGACUCUGUCCUCGUCAAAGUCUAAAGAACAGAACUUGGUGUCCGAAACAGCUCGUAAAAAAGAUCGGGAAAUGGUGAUGAGGGAGAUCGACCGGCUUCGCUCCUCCAUCCAGAUGGUGUGUCGGAGUUCCUUACCGCUUGGAAAGAUCAUGGACUACAUCCAGGAGGACGUGGACGCCAUGCAGGCUGAGCUGCAAAGCUGGCGGCGGGAGAAUAAGGAGCACGCUCAGGCUUUGCUGCAGGAGCAGAGGAUAACGGACCGGGUCGUGGAGCCUCUCAACGCCGAGCUAGUCGAGCUGGACCAGCUUAUUAAGGACCAGCAGGAUAAAAUUUGUGCUGUGAAGUCCAAUAUACUGAAGAAUGAUGAGAAGAUCCAGAAGAUGGUAACUGGGAUCAACUUUUCCUCCAGAACCUGAGUGUAUAAACUGGAUAAGAAAAAAAAAUGCACUCUAAACAUUUAAAGAUGAGCUGUAUAGAUUAAAGAGCUGCACUGUGUGCUACAGAUCCUGUUUUCUGAGGUUUUUAGAAUUAAAUCAAAUGGAUCCACCUGGUUGUUUUAAAUUGUGCCUUUGUUGCACGGAUCUGUGCACAGCUUCUAACUUGGAGGUUUGUAUGGAUUGGUUUAUGGUAGCAGCACUAGCUCCAUACAGGAAAAUAUCUUUGUUGUUUCAGUAAGUAAGAAAUUGACUGCAAGUAGGAUUUCUGGUCUUUUUCAGCUUUCAUUUUAUUUUCAGCAUUUAUCUUUAUUAAUCUAAUUAAACUGACAGUUUUAGCCUAAUUCACGUUCUUUAGCUUCUUUGUCUCUGAUCAUCUGUCCUCUCAUCCCUUAAGAUCCCAUCGACGUGGUUUUCAGAAAGCAUUUUCAUUCUCUCGUCUACUUUUGAUGCACUGCUGCACUUUGUUAUUCUCUUUUUAAACUGUAAAGGGGAAAAGAUGCUUUCUGUAAACUUGGCAACUAAAGAAACUCCACUUUCUGUCAUGGAUGAACACCAGAACUUCCUGGUUUUGCCACUUCAAGUAAAGAAACACAUUGAAUGUAGCAGUGAGCACAGAAGAGACCUGAUUUAUGAAUUUAAAAAGAAACUAGGAUUACAUUUUGCUCCUGUUACGGCUGUAUGAACUGUACAAUUAGGCUGUCCUUGAUAUUGUUAACAAAAAUAUUUAGUUUUAGCCUAUAUGUGGAUUCAUUAUGGUUACAUUAGUGUUCUUGCAUUGUGAUGUAUGUCCUGAAAGAAAAGGCAAUAUCAGCAUAAUAUUUUGAAUGAGACUUUGAGUUACUCUGAAAUGUUACAGAAGAAGACCAAGUGAUUGAUUAUAAAUAUUAUCUUCAGGAGAAUAAUAAUUCCAUAACUUUUUUUUCUUUUUUCUUCACUGAAUAAAUUUCCCCAAAUCUGGAUUUGGUUUGGUUGAAUGUUUCUAAAAGGUUCAGUGUGAGAUAACUUCAAGAUUUUGACAUGUUUACCAAAUGGGCGAUGUGAUCACUUAUCUGAAACAAUCUGACAUCUAAUUAUAUAUUUAUGCCAUGGCCUAAUAUUCAUAUAGCUCGAGGACAAAUGGACAGUGCUGAUUUAUCUUUUUAAAUUUAAGCGUACAGCAUGCGACUGUAUUAAAGGCACAUUUUCUGUUACUGCUCGGGAAAAGGAAACACUACAUUUACAUAAGCUCUUUAUAGACACAACAAUGCAACAACAGCUAUUAGGUGAAGACUCAGCAGUCAAACUACACAAACGGGUCAGACUUUGUUUUCAUAACACCAUUUUGUGACGUCCUUCCAAAAUAAAACAGAAACGUCCAGGAGUUUUAGUCAGAGAGCAUCUCAAAGGGAAAACCGAUAAAGUGGGGACCUGUAUAUUACUCAUAAUUACUACAUUCACUGUACACUGUUUGUUACACUCUCUCAGUUUACCUUUCAACUGUACAUAAUGUAUAUGUUGAGAUUGUAUCAUAGAUUAAAUGACUAUAUAAUUUUGUAGUGGAGUGAAAUAAACGAUCACAUUGCAGUAAA